AUGGAUACACCGCCGCUGCCGCCGCGCCUUAUUGCAGCCGGGUCGAAGCCAUUCGGUCACCGCGUCAACAUAUAUCAGAGGAUGAGCAAACCAGCGUGGUCCGGAGGAUUUGGCAUGUUUCUUAUGACCCGGCAACUGGACAUUGCUAAGAAGAACGAAUUGUGGGUAACGUUCGCCGGAUCGCCGAUUAGGUUUUCCCUAAGAGAAUUCAAAAUGGUGACGAAUCUUCGGUGUGGGAAGUACCCGGCGGAAGGAAUCAACAGCCGGAAACAUAAUAUCUCGAAGAAUCCGUCUUUUUACGAGAAACUGUUCGGAGACGUCGACAGCGUCACCAUCGAAAGGGUCAUCACUCUACUGAAGAGGAGGCGUGGAUCACAGGACAGGGAAACUCGAAUCCGAGACGCCUGCCUCGCCCUCGUUGAUGGUAUUCUGCUUCCGACCAAUCAUCUUCCCAAACUGAAAAUCGUGAGGGAGCACGCGGAGAUGUCAGAAAAUCUGGAGGGAUUUCUAGAUUUUCCAUGGGGGAGGAAAUCAUUCGACCGCAUCAUGGAAUCAAUUAAAGAGAGGGACAUUGCCCAACUUGCUACUUCCGAUAUAGCUGUGCAAGGUUUAUUCCUCGCGCUGCAAAUGGUUGUACUCGAAGCCGUACCGGCCAUCCUCGGAGACUCCGACGAUCCCUCCACUGAAGAGGACGAUGAUUUCGUCAAGCAACCCACUUCACAACUAAAACUCAGUCGGGUUCGAGAGCUCGAUGAUUCUUCCGAUGUGGAAGUGGAGUCCAUUAUCAGGCCAGAUGCAGGCGAUGACGAGAUGGGGGAGGACUUGUCCUGGUCAGACGAUGGCGAGGACGAGAAGGUCGAUAAUAUGGUGCGGCUUAUUAACGAAGGAUUCCAAUUCAAGAGCGAAAUGUUUGUUGGUGGAAGCAAGCCGGCGGACCUCGUCGGACUGCCGCCGAAAUCGAGAUCUAGAGCUAGUAAAUCGAAAAAGGUAGAGGUGACAAGGGGAAGUCCACAGUCCGCCAACCUCGUGCUAUUUCCAAGAGGAAAAGGGGCGAUGACGCAUCCCCAUCUCGAGAUGUUGAAGGUUGAGAUUGAUAACAAUGGACGUCCUCAACCGACCACUGCUCCGUCAAAUCCCGGAACAUCUGCAAACGGCAAUGCGACAACAACCGCAACAGAGACCCCGACAGCUUUCGUGGGCGAUAAGGAAAGGUCCUCCGAUCCUCAACCUUCUACUAUAGUGGAUGACAGCCAUUUCCCCGACGAGGACCUUCCAGAUUCGAGGAUCGACGUCUUAGAUUGCAACGUUAGCCGGAAGACGGACGCGAACAUCCAAGACACGAUGAAGCCGCUAGCCACCAUGCUUCCUUACUUGUUCCGGCAGGUUGGCGCCACUCCAAUGAUGGCAAAUGUCAGCACGAAGCCGUUCGAUGUUGUUAGGGUAUCCUCUCUCCCGCAAGCGAAAUGCCCCGCUGACUCAUGUCUGAUGUCCAUCUUGUAUAUGCAAGCACACGGCGUUGGAGGUCUAGACGACUGCAAUCGGCUGGACCCAGCCGCUCUCGAAGAGGAUGCAAAGAAGAUGGUAAUGUGCCUGAUCGAGAACUUCUCCAACUGA